UUCACUGUGUAUGUAAUUCAUUUAAUGACCUUUGGACGUCCUGCCUGGCCAGACAAGCCUGGACGAACAAUAGACUAUCGAUGUCGAACACUCUUUCUGCACUGGCAUCAAGCUCCGAAGAAGUGCAGGAGUUGCCUGCUCUGAAUUUCUUAGGUCCGCCCGGAACAUAUUCCCAUCAAGCGGCGUUUGACGUUUUUGGUGAUUCUGUCCAUUAUGUCGCAAAGCAGACCAUCAGUAGCGUCUUCGAGUCUUUAUCGCCUGAGCUGCCUUUUGGUAUCAUACCCCAAGAAAAUAGUACCAAUGGGUCGGUGAUCGAAACCUACAACCUACUCCGAUGCGAAUUCGCCGGUCGAGAUAGUUUUGUGAGAGGGGAGACAAACCUAUCGAUUAAACACUCCCUGGUAGUUCGGAAAAAUGUCAAAAUCGAGGACAUCGAACACGUUUUCAGCCACGAACAAGCUUUAGGCCAAUGUAAGGCAUUUUUGAAAGGACAUCUUCCAAGAGCGUCGCUUGUGCCGACAGACUCGACUGCGAGCGCUGCUCGUGCAUUGCUCAACCCACCGUCCGAGAGCUUUGAUCCUUUCAAGAGUGCAGCGAUCUGUUCAACGGUCGUGACUUCGCUGUUUCCUGGCCUGGAAGUGUUGCACACUGGCAUCCAAGAUGGAGAAUCCAAUAUGACGCGCUUUUAUAUUGUAUCCUAUGGCGCGGACGCUCGGGUCCCAUGGCAAACGCCACCCAUCUACCAGAAGCGUGCUCUAAUCCGUCUCUUGCCUGACAGAGACUCUUUGGCGUGGGAUUUUUCACGGGCGAUCAAGGCACUCAAUAUACCCAUCUCCCGCAUAGAUCGACGCCCAUCCCUAUCUUCACCCACCUUCCAUGAUGUAUACUUUCUUGAAGUGUUUGCUGAAGGGGGAGAAGAAAGUGAUGUUACCUGGUUCGAUCGUGUGAACCAGGCCGUCGAAAGAUUAAAGCAAGAAGGUCUGGAAUCCACAGUUCUGGGCAUAUGGUAG